GUUACUGUUCAGGUUUUGACUUUUGACAUCUAUAUUUUUUCUUCCGACCGGUUUUCGUUAUAUUUUUUAAGACAAAACUAAUUUAGACGCAAAGCGAAUACUUUAUUUUAAGGACAAACAUUCUAGCCAUAUUCUAGCAUUAAAUUGCAAUCCUACAUUUAAUUCGUGGCAGUCAUGGCUAUGAAUUCUUCGCAAGUUAAAGCUCUUCAACAGCAACAACAGAACAUAGCGGGACCAGGAGGAACGGGAUGGCCGAGACGAAACAGCCAAAAUUCUGCACAGGAAAAGAAAUUCAAAGCACCGGUAGUUGCGCCUACAUUAGCAACAAUGAACAGAAUCAUUAAAGUGUAUCCAUUAGCAAACUACAUUUUUUGUUCAAAAGAGCCUCUUUUUGAAAAGGAUCCCUCUGUACCUGCUAGAUUUCAAAGAAUGCGUGACGAAUUUGAUAGAAUUGGCACGAGACGAAGUGUGGAAGGUGUGGUUUUAGUACACGAACAUAAUCUUCCACAUGUUCUACUACUUCAGUUAGGAACCACCUUCUUUAAGCUACCUGGUGGUGAGUUAAAUCCAGGAGAAGACGAAGUUGAGGGUCUGAAAAGGUUAUUGACAGAGACGCUCGGCCACGCGGACGGCACGAAAAAAGAAUGGCACGUGGAGGACGUCGUCGGCAACUGGUGGAGGCCCAACUUCGAGCCGCCCCAGUACCCUUACAUACCGUCGCACAUUACCAAGCCCAAGGAGCACAAGCGCCUAUUUUUAGCGCAACUGCAAGAGAAGGCCUUGUUUGCCAUACCUAAAAACUACAAGUUGAUAGCAGCACCCCUGUUUGAAUUGUAUGACAACCCCCAAGGAUUUGGACCAAUAAUAUCGUCCUUGCCACAAGCGUUGUGCAGAUUCGAAUUCAUAUACAUGUGAUCUUCAAGAUAAAGAAGGAAGAAAAAAAUCGGGAACAAAAUGUGGCGUGCAAGCACAGCUCCUUUAUUUCGAAUUUUAUUUUUUUACCAAAACUUUUUACUGUCAAGACCUAAAUUAUAUAUUUUUUAUCAUAGGAAAAAGCAACAAAGUGAGACUAAAAUAGCAAAGUUAGAUCUCUGUAUUAAUUAUUAAGAAAUCAAUGGGAAAUUCUUAAAAACUUAAUUUCUAUUUUGCUAUGUAUUCAAAGCAGAUUUUAUAGAAUAAGGGAAUAUUUCUAAUUUGUUGUUAGCCAAGUGGAUACCUUUUUCCUCUAAGAGUUUAUUAAACAAAUUGUGGAAUUAUUGUAAUUGAAAAAACAAGGUUCCAGGAAUCAAUAAAUUAGAGAGAAUUGUGAACUGUAAUAAAAAUAAUAGAUUUAAGCUGUAAAUUGUUAAUUAUUACAAUAAAGAUAUAAAAUAAUGA